AUGGGGGCAGCAUUGAUCUUAGGCCGAACAUGCCUCCGUCAAUCCCUUCCCCGAGCCCGACCUUUCCUUCAAUGCCGCGGUAUCCAGGUCGCGACAAAACAAACAUAUAGUCGGGGAUGGAGGCAUUUUCGACCACCACCUGGCCGCGAAGGAUUGGUACUUGCUGCCGCGGUGGCAUUGAGUCCAAUUGCGUUUGUGCAGCUUUCGGAGAAGGAUAAUGACGGUACGGAACAUACGGCCGAGGGGCGAAUGCUAGCGGCGUCGAGGGAUGAGAUCAAGAAGGAGGUGAAAGAUGAUGUUCGUGGCAUACGGCGCAUACGAGAUAGUAUCAUCUACUAUGUGGACGUGUAUUUGUGGGAGCCUCUGUGUACUGGGACGCGGUUCCUACAUCUGGCGGUCAUCUUCAUCCCGGUUAUGAUGACGGUACCUGUAAUCUGGAUAGGAAGCAGGAACAAGGAAAGGGACAACGAGAGAUCUGGCACGCUGUGGUGGUACCGGUUUCUUGUAAAGUCAAUGGAGCGUGCUGGACCAGCUUUCAUCAAGCUUGGACAAUGGGCAGCUUCUCGGACAGAUAUCUUCCCCACUCAAAUGUGCGAGGUCAUGUCCCAACUUCACUCCAAUGCUCCCGCUCAUUCUCUACAUGAGACCAAGAAAACCAUACGAAAAGCAUUUGAAGGCCGUCCCUUCGAAGAUAUAUUCGAGGAAUUCGAGACGAAACCGUUAGGAGUUGGGGCCAUUGCACAAGUAUACCGUGCCAAACUAAAGCCUGACCUCACUGCGCCUACAGAUCUAGACGAGGAAGAUGUCCACAAUCUACGGAAGCAAGUCCGGAAAAAUGUCGAUACACUGAUAAAGAGUACCCCUCACCGAGUUCCAUCCUCAUUCGUUGCCAUAAAGGUUUUACAUCCAGGUAUAGAGCAUAUGAUCCGCCGAGACUUACGAAUCAUGGCCUUUUUUGCUUCAGUGAUAAACGCCCUCCCAACAAUGGAGUGGCUAUCCCUUCCUGAUGAAGUUGAACAAUUCGGUGAAAUGAUGCGCCUACAACUCGAUCUCCGCAUUGAAGCCGCAAACCUUACCAUAUUCCGCAGGAACUUCAAAGAGCGUACCACAGCCUGGUUUCCCUAUCCUUAUACGGACUUCACUACGCGACAAGUCCUAGUCGAGGAAUUUGCACAGGGGAUUCCUUUGGCUGACUUUAUGGAAAACGGGGGUGGUAUAUUCCAAGCGGAAAUAGCCAAUGAGGGUCUAGACGCGUUUCUGCGUAUGUUAUUACUCGACAACUUCGUACAUGCCGAUCUCCACCCUGGAAACAUCAUGGUCCGCUUCUACCAAUCCGCCCACCCGAACCUUUCAUUCUCCAAAUCCCAUCAACACGAAGACCCACAAGCGCAGCCCGACGUAACAGAACAGGUUCUCGCACGCCUCCGUCCUUACCGGAAAGGAAGAGACAAGAAGGCAUGGGAGCUCGAACUCGCCAAAAUCGACAAGGAAGGUUUCCGUCCUCAAUUGAUAUUUAUAGACACUGGACUGGUCACUGAGCUUAAUGCAACGAACCGCCGCAAUUUCCUAGACUUGUUCAAAGCAAUCGCCGAAUUCGACGGCUACAAAGCAGGGCAUCUAAUGUGCGAGCGUUGCCGGCAACCAGACGCUGUAAUCGACGAAGAAAUAUUCGCGCUUAAGAUGCAACAUCUUGUUCUUGGCGUCAAGAGUCGCACAUUAGCGUUGGGGAAUAUGAAGAUUGGGGAUAUUCUUAAUGAGGUGUUGGGAAUGGUUAGAGGACAUCAUGUGAGAAUGGAGGGCGAUUUUGUCAAUGUUGUUAUUAGUAUCCUACUGCUCGAGGGCAUAGGGAGGAGUUUGAAUCCGGAUAUUGAUUUGCUGAGUAGUGCGCUGCCGAUACUGAGGCAGUUGGGGGCUCAGAGUGGGGGUGGGAUGUUGAGACAGGGUGACUUUUCAAUGUUGAAGGUAUGGGCGGGGUUGGAGGCAAGGAAGUUUUUGCAGGCUAGUAUUGAGAGUGUUGAGAGAUGUGUAAAGUAUGAUCAGCUCUCGCCGAAUGUAUAG